ACCAAACUCUUCGGCGCUAAUAAAACCCGGAAGUCGAUCGUUUGUUUUUGUUUAGUUGAGCGCAGAGUUAGAAAUUAUUGUUUAUGAUAUAAUAUAUAUUUAACGGGUUAAAUAAAUAAACAUUAAAAGUGUUGUUGUUGAGUGUAAGGAUAUCUGAGAUAAAUAACAGGAGUCGGUUAGCGCGGUGAGCUAAGCUAAUGUUUCUGUUUACGUUUUAAAGGAAGCUGAAUGGCGAAGCAAAUCCCCCCUGAGCCUGGGUCCGGUUCCGGUACCGGAUCCGGAUCUGAGUUGUUCGGCGCUUUAGAGCAGCUCUGCGGCUCCAGGACGCUCCGCUUUUCCCCUCCCACCCCGCUGCGCGCCGCCGUGCUCGCUCUCGACCGCUAUCUGGGUGACGCGCGCGCCGCUCCCGACGGCGACGGCUACAGCUACGACGUGACGAUCACCGACGCGGAGUGGCGCGUGAAGUGCGUCCUGGCGCCGGGGCUGAACCGCCUGGUGCGCGUGAACGCGCUGCGGUGCGGCUCGUGCGUUCUGAUCGCGCGCCUCUCUCUCGUGCACGAUGAGACGCGGCUGCGGCGGAGCUGCGUGUGUAUAGAGGAGGCGCGGUCCGGUUCGGCCGAGCCCGAUAUCCUGCAGUCGGUACGAGACCCGGAGGCGGUCCGGUGGUGGACGCACGAGGCCGUGGGUUCUGCGCCGCCGGCUCUCGGUGACGUCCCUCUGCAGAACGGCAGGAAGCAUUAUUUAUCUCUGUGGAACAACGAGGACCCGCACGGGGCGGUGUGGCGCCCGCACGCUCCUCCGCCCGACGUGGCGAUCGACGUGUCUAAGAUUUCUCUCCUGGGAGAUCUGGAGGCGUUCCUGGUCUCGUCCAGACGGCCGGUUCCUCUGCUGGUCCGCGUGCUGCACAAAUCUCGUCUGAGAUAUUACGGCAAACCUGGACAAAACAUCGACUUUCCCUUUCAGGCGUAUUUCGAGGUGGCCGACCAGAGCGGCGUCAUGUCCAUGGUCCUGUGGAACGAGCUGUGUCCUGAGUGGUACCAGCGGCUGCCCGUGGGCUCCGUCCUCUACCUGCAGAACUACAGUCUGAAGCGCAGCUACCAGAAGCGCUCCCGGCCUCAGCUCGGCACGCUGCCGCUCUUCUUCUUUAGCUCCACGGAGAUCUGCCUGAACCCCCGAAACCCAUCGGCUGACAUCACUGUGAUUCCUCCUAAAAGCGUUCAGCCGCAGUGGAGCUUACCUGAGGUCACCUACAACUUCAUUACCAGACAGGAAGUGGAGAGUCUGGCCAGUAACCAGGCGUGUGACGUCAUCUGUCUGGUGACGUACGUCAGCCGCGUGGAGCGACUCAGGAACAGAGGAAACACAGUGCCGGAGAAGUUCUGGACGUACCGGUGGGUUCAUGCAGUGGACGGAACCUCGGACUCUCCCUUCAUCCUGGAGGUUUUUGCCUCGUCUCAGCCCGAGGUCUUUAACAGCAUCUGUCCCAUGGCGUAUCUGGUGUGUACCCACAUGCGUGUGUGUCGGGGGGCGGGUCCAAGCUCAGGUUCGGGUUCUACUCUUUACCUGACCAGCAGCUCAGAGACUCAGCUCUUCAUCACAGGCUGUCACAGGAAGCAGCCGUACGUGUCUGAGCCAAAGGUCAAAGCCUUCAUCCAGUGGACGAAGACUCUGAAGGACAGCGCAGUACUGAGGAAGACCAGUGUGGGGGGGUAUUACUGUUACCCCCCUCCCCCACCCACCUUCACCCCAAACACCACCAGUGACAGCACGACUAAUGAUGAAGGAGCGUCUCCAUCCUUAAUGGCAGUAGGGGACCUACGGAGGGAGCUGGGGAUCCUACAGUAUCGAGAACGCAAGAGAGUAGCAGUACAAGGCUACAUCACUGCUGUGCAAUACCACCGGUGGCCACCUGAGGCGCCAGACACCACGCCUCAGCACCAACACCACGUGGAGGAGCAUGACUCGAUGGGCGUGGCCAGUGGCUCAGCCUCCUCCGUUAGCAGCGGAACACAGGGGAGCGCGACGUCCCAGAGCGAUGCGAAGCGCAGGAGAGUCGAGCAAGGAGUGCAGAAGCAGUACUGGACCAGAGCGAAACAGCAGCUAGAAAGACAGGUCAAGGAGGCGGACCUUGGUGAGGACGAGGACGCCAGAAGACGGACUGAUGAACAGGACAGUGAAGCUCUUUCCACGCCGUCGCCUCGGCCUACAGAAAGCAGCGAGACAGAAGGCGCCGUGGACACACAGCAACCUCCCGCUCGGCCCGCCGCGUCCUGGGAGAGCAGCGUCUGGCCGCUAGUUAAGCAGGACGUCACGGAUCACGUCCGUCUCGGCCCUCUGGAGCGCGACAGCGUCUCGGAAAAAUUCAGAUUCGACGAUCGAGACGUGGCCCUACGCAGGAUCAACCUCAGCCCCGCCAAGUGGAGUCCGGAACAGCUACCGGACGCAGACUCAGACGCACACGUUCCUGUAAACUUCCCAGGAUACCUCACUCUCACGUUACUGGGUAUGAGAGACCCAUCCUACGCCCGUUUCUUUUAUCAUUUCUAUGGUGACAGACUGAGUGUCGUCUUCUGUCCCUCAGGGUUGAAUCACCAGGCGGCGCUCGACAUCUUCUUCCUACCCGUGUUUUGCGCCGAAGAUCCGCGAGCGGUCGGGACGUCCCACUGUGUCCACGACAACACGCUGACGUCAUGCCUCUCCACAGGUCAUGUCUGUGCGCAGGCCGACUUUUCACCAGAGGCGUUUCUGAGCUCGGCCUCGGCUCUGGAGGACGAGCGGGUGGUGUGUCUGCUGGACGUCUGUCUCCUGGGCGAGAACCGGCUUGAGAUUGUCUGCCCUAAAGUGUACAGGACGGCGGAUAUCAUCACUCCUGUGUAACACAGAUCAGUGUGUCAUUCUCGUUC